UAGAUGUUUAACAGUCAGGCUGCCAUUCAUAUCAGUAUGUGCUUAAGUAGCCAAAAUGAUGUUUAGUUAUAUUUACACUCUCUUCAUCACUUUUUGGUUUGUCACGUGUUACAUCAAGAUACAACCUUAAAGGUUACUUUUUCUUCUGACUUAGUGUAUGCACUGCACGGCGCACUGAACGCUAGUGUGUUCAGGGUGAGUAAGUUCUUGAUGACGAAUACUUAGCAUGACUGUUGUAAUAAGGAAGGGGGAAGCUAAAACUCGCGUAAAAUUGUUCUAUGAAGUGGCUACUUUCAAUAUGAAGAGUGGCUGAUGCCUAGUCACAAGUGUCAGUCAAUUCCUUAGAACCAAAUCUGCUGGUCUCAAAAUGGGGAAAACUGCAGUAAUCAUGACAACCAUCUGUUUCAUCGCAUCAACUUACGCUUGUGAAGACACUCGACACUGUGUGGACAUGGAAUGCGAGUACAUAGAUCGUCACCCAGUGUGUUCACAUGGGUGCAAAGAUGGCAGGUCAGGUCGAUACUGUAAAGAAGAGUGUAUCAACUGGUGUGUGGCGUGUAAAAGAAACGCUCCUCGUGAAUGUACCAAAUGUACAAGUGGUCGUUAUGGAAACAGAUGUGAGGAUUUCUGUGGAAAUUGUACAGGCGGCAACUGUUCCAUCAAUGGAACUUGUCAAGAUGGUUGCAUCCUUGGCUUCUGGGGAACACACUGUAACCAGCGGUGUUCUCAACACUGUACGGAUGAAGGAAUGGCCAGUCCCUGUGAACAUCAUACAGGAGAAUGCAUCAACGGUUGUAAGGACGGAUACUUUGGGGAAUCCUGUGACGCCAUGUGUCCAGAUGACUGUGAGGGGUGUAACAGUACAAGCAGAGAUUGCAAAAUAUGUAAUGACGGGUUCUAUGGUAUUGAAUGUUAUCAUCCUUGUCCACAGAACUGUAAGCAGUGUCUUGAUUCAAACACAACAUGCAAGACUUGCUCGGAUGAGGAUGGGAUGUGUUCUAGAGGUUGCACUCAUGGUUUCUAUGGCCCGACGUGCAAUCAAACAUGUCCACAGAACUGUAAGCAGUGUCUUGAUUCAAACACAACAUGCAAGACUUGCUCGGAUGAGGAUGGGAUGUGUUCUAGAGGUUGCACUCAUGGUUUCUAUGGCCCGACGUGCAAUCAAACAUGUCCACAGAACUGUAAGCAGUGUCUUGAUUCAAACACAACAUGCAAGACUUGCUCGGAUGAGGAUGGGAUGUGUUCUAGAGGUUGCACUCAUGGUUUCUAUGGCCCGACGUGCAAUCAAACAUGUCCACAGAACUGUAAGCAGUGUCUUGAUUCAAACACAACAUGCAAGACUUGCUCGGAUGAGGAUGGGAUGUGUUCUAGAGGUUGCACUUAUGGUUUCUAUGGCCCGACGUGCAAUCAAACAUGUCCACAGAAUUGCAAAGACUGUAACGAAUCAGGUUGUCAACAACCUUGUCCUGAGAACUGUCUUCAGUGUAACAUGACCGGGAACUGUGAUGACUGUAUGAUAUUUCUGCGUAGUAGUAACUGCGCCCUGAUCUGCCAAACGUGUCCGUCCGUACGUCCGUAUAUUAACUGUACAGUGGAGUGUAAAGACGGUAUUGAUGGAGCAAGGCGUGACAUUACAACUCAACUGACAAGGACUAAGGACAACGAAGACUUCUUUGGCAAAUUAUCAGAGCUGAUAAAAGAAAAAGAGUAUCUUCUUCCAUUUUUGGCCAGUGCUCUUGUUUUGUGCAUAGGUCUCUUGGCCUUCAUUUUGUGGAAAUACAAGAAGACCCGCAGGGAAAGACUUUCAGCGGCGAACAAUGGCUGUUUGGCAUCAGAGGAAGAAGUGUUCCAGAAAUGUGGAGACAUUUACCACGAAAUACACGAUGAAGAUCUGGAUACGAACAUGUCUUUCAUACCAGCAGGACAGAGACCGCUACCCGACAGGCCCAGAUUACCCAUUCCCCUUGAAGCAGUAACCAGUGCCGUAGACCAUGCCUGUUCCUUAACAGAGACCGGUGCGAGUGGACACUCGUCUGUCGGGUAUCUGACGCCUCAACAAACGCAAGACGUAGAACAGCCAAGAUACACGUCCUCUAGGACUGAUGAUGGUGUAUACCUUGAUGCUCGGCAGAGUAAUAACACUGAAUGUGUUGGUGAAACCUCGUUUACUGUCACACCUGAGGAAGCUGGUAAGAGGCACCUGCUUCAAGGACAUUCAUCUGCCGGGCGAACAAUCAGCCAUGUCACGAUGUCAGCCAAUGCAGAAGCUUUGAUGCGAGAUAUCAGGACUAGAAAAUGUGGAAAAAAGCACCUCUCCUGCGGUUCCAGAACGCACCUUGGCUAUUGUUUUGUAUCGAAUGAUGCUCCUCAAACUACGAAUGAGGAUAAAGCUGAUAAAAACCUGUUCAAUGUACGUGUUCCAGUAUGUGAGAAGACAGUGUUCAACCCAAAUGGAUCGUGUGGAUUUUAAGUAUAAAGUUGCCUUGUUUGUCGAACCUACCUAUGAUGAUCAUAUGGUUUGCUUUUUAAGGAUUCUGUAAUGUCAAUUGAUGUAUAGUUGUUGAUGCAGGGCGGAUCCAAUACAACACUUGGCCUGCUCACUGUAUGCCUGUGUUAUCUAUGUGAAUAGUUGUGUAUCAUUGUGAAUUAAAGUGAAUUACCAUUAAUGAGAAUCAACAUAAAAUUGUAAAACUGUUA